AUGGGCGAGGACAUGAUAUCGGGCGGCUUCAGCACCAAAGGCGAGCCGCCAAUUCAGAUCAGGGGCUUCUCCCUCGCGAAGGCGACUUUGCUGGCCGGUUCUGUGAUCACUUUGGCGUCGUUUUGGGAGUUCUUCGGGCAGAAGGGCGGCAGUGGGCUGGGCAGCCUUGGGUUCAUUUACGGUGUUCCGAUAUUGCUGAUUGGGGUGGCACUGCAGUAUGCGGAGCUGGAGCCCUGCCCCGUGAGGACGACGUCAGAAGGUCAGUCGAGUUAGUCAGAGAGGGAGGAGGGACCGGUAGAUCUCGUCGUCUGCGAUGUGCCUGGGAUACUUAUUGUCUUGGUAUGGCUGCAGCUGAUCGGAUGUUUGAUGCGAAGGCCACUGAGACCAUCAAGAAGAUCAAGGAGGACGUGACGCGGCACAGGUGAGAUGCGUGGCUUGUUAAGGCGGCCAGGGUGGCUGGCGCUGACUGGUUGUGUGCGCCGUGGUUGAUAGGUAUGGUGACGAUGCGCAUUUGGACACGACAGUGGAGUCUUUGGGUCUGUGGCCAAACCCUGAGAAGGAGCCGCCACAACUGCAAUACAUUCAGCAGGUAGGCAGGUAGGCAGGCCCGCUCAUGCAGUCGCGGAAGGACAGGCAGGCCAUGAGUCAGUCGCUCUUCCUGUGUGUGUGCCUGUGAUGUGUGUGCCAGGGUGUGUCGCCCGACGGUGAGCUGGAGUUCAUGAUGGUGUGGAAGAGCGAAACCACGCCUUUCAGGAUGUGGUGCGACGUCAACAGAGUCCUCAAGUGAGCCUUGCAGGGCAGGCAGGAGGACGGACACAGAAGCACACGCUCGUAAGUAAGGAUGGGUGUGGUGUGGAUGCCCAUCCGUCCCGUCUGCAGGUUUGACCGGUACUUCGGUCCGGGUGUGUGGGCGCAGACCGUCAAGGUGGACGGCCCCAAUAGGCUGGUGGGCAUCAAGCUCACCACAGGGGAGAGGAAGGCACCGCCAGUCGACCCACUCGCCGACGUCACCGAACAGGGUGCGUAUGCUGGCGGGGCGAGCCGAGAGGAUGCUGUCAGCAGCACGGGUGUGAAGUCUUGUGUUGGUUUGUUUGCCUGUCUGCUCACAGAGAUCAAGGCGACUAAGCCCAUCGUAGAAGUCGACGUGAGCCAAGGGCGAAAGAAGCAGAAGUCAUGCCAUCUGUCUAUCUCCUGCGAUGUGGAUCCUGCUGCUGUGCUGCAUGUGCUGCAUGGAUGAUCAGGGCAAGGCGAUAGUAGCCGACACGGAGGCACCGUACACGUUGUUCUACUUCCCUGAGGACCCCUUCUCGAGGAAAGUCAUGGAGUUCAUGGAGGCCAACAGCAUCGACCAGUCAACCGUCGCCCUCAAAAACAUUAUGGUCGGUCAGCUGCGACGUGUGGCUGUGACCCAGUCAGUAUACUAUGCACCAGCUCUUGUCUGUGUUGGGUAAAUUGUUCAGGAGUCGGACAAGCCUUAUCGCAAUCAACUGAUGGCACUGGGCGGGUCAACACAGGUGAGGUGGGUUUGGGCAGGUAGCUGAUCUGAUGGGUGGAGUGGAUGGAUCCAAGGAUGGCUAUGCGCAUCUGCCUCUGUGCGAUAUCAGGUGCCCGCCCUUCAGACGAGUCCCGACAGCGUCAUGUAUGGCUCGGGGGACAUCAUCUCACACUUACAAGACAAUCUCGUCAAGGCACCAACCACUAAGGAGGCAGAGGCGCCAAAAGAGAAGGGUACGUGCCUCACUGCGCCACAUAGAUGUCGGUGCACUCAUCCCUCUCUCCCUUUGUCUGUCUGUCUGUCUGUCUGUCUCUGUGUGUGUGUGUGUGUGUGUGUGCGUAGUCGAGGCACAAGAGGUGUAG